AUGGAAGAGCGACCUGUCUUCGAGCUGAAGCUCUCAGAAGCCGAAGGGCUUCAUCGCCUUCCGACUGAGCUCGCAGAGCGACUUCGAAAUGCAUCUGGAUCGGAAUAUCUUGAUGCGCUUGCUCUUGCUGCACUCGAGCCAGGGAAUACAGAAUGGAUUUUUGCGUCUUAUGAGCCGCUCUUUGUUGACCUGGCCUCAAGAUGGCUUGAUUUAGAACCACAAACCUAUCUAAAAGUACUUGCUGCAUUUUCUCGAAUUUUGCCUUUCGCGCCGCAUCUUCGACCUUUCGCUAGCAAUUUCGCGACCACAAGCCAUGGAAAUUCCAACGGUUCUAUGACACUAAAUCUACUCGACCUCGACGAUUAUACGACGCGAAAUGCUCUUCAUUGCAUAUUCCGCCUAUUAUCAUUCGAUCUAGAAUCCUUCUCCACAAUUUUUUCUCCCGUUCAAUUCCAACCGCUCUUCCAACACCCAGAUAGAUGCGUACGCUAUUUGGCGGUCCGAUGUUUUUGCUAUUAUAUGAGAGCUGCAGAUGCAGCUACACAAACGAUGGUGGCGACGCAUAUCGGUGUCGAGCCUAUCGAAGGCCCUUGGGAGAAUACCAUUAUUGAUUAUAGACUUCUCGGAUUGUGGGAAGAACGUCGUUGGCAAUAUCUUGACAUUGAAAUAAGGAGGAAGCGAGGUGUGCUUUCAACCGAUUCCGCAUUGGAAAUGGUAGACAAGUACAAGGCCAAUCUGAGUCCCCGUGCUGCUGAUAUUGGUGGAGUUCUUGUUCCUAAAGUCAGAUGGAAUAGGCCUGCUCCCGAAAGCAGCCUUGUCCGGACUACCACGGUCACAAAUAACUUGCGGGACAUCGCGGCGUCCCUACUUGAGCAAAAGCCAUUGCUUCUUGUUGGUUUGCCCAAUGCAGGGAAAACUUCCUUGGUCAAUGAUAUUGCCAAAACAAUGGGACAGGGGUCAUCCAUGGUCACGCUUCACUUGAACGAGCAAACGGAUGCAAAGAGCUUGCUUGGCAUGUAUGCAACAUCUUCAUUAACAGGUGCAUUUGCAUGGCAACCUGGAGUUCUGACGAAAGCUGCCAAAGAAGGUCGUUGGAUUCUGAUAGAGGACCUGGAUCGGGCCCCAUCAGAAGUUAUAGGCCUCAUGUUGCCGGUCAUUGAGAAGGGCGAGCUGAUUAUACCGAGUCGAAAGGAAAGGAUCAAAUGCGCUGAUGGUUUCAGAAUAAUUGCUACAAUGAAAUCUUCGCUUAAUAGCAAAGGGGAAGAAGUUACCCCAAGCCAUGGCCUUCUGGGGAUUAGGUUAUGGAAUAAAAUCCAAAUCAGCUCUUUACCUCUCAGUGAAGUUCGUCAGGUUCUCAUUCAGAAAUAUCCACUGCUUUCGACGCGAGUUGCUACCCUUAUUGAAAUCUAUGACAGGCUUUGCUCUGCUUUUCAAAGCAACAUGGCGGCGAGAUCAGCUCAAGGAAGGGCACCGGGCCUUCGAGAUUUGAUCAAGCUGUGCAACAGACUGAACAAGCGGCUUUUGCGUCUUGGAGUUAUGUCAGGGAACGAAGCAACCCCUGAGAGCUUUCAAGACGAGAUGUUUCUUGAUACUGUGGAUAUCUUCAUUCGAUAUUUGCCUGACCAAGAUUUCGGGCAUAUAUUAUCCUCGAUUAUCGCCGAGGUUCUUCAGCUGUCUCCUCAAAGAGCCCAUUACUGCCUCCAAGAGCGGACUCCUCCAUACGCUGACCGUGAAGAUAGUUUCUCGGUUGGUAGGGAAAUGUGUACGAAAAUGAGAGUCACGAGAACGGCGAAAUCACGAUAUGCUAAAUCGUCCGCUCGUUUUGCACCAACAAGAGCAGCUCUGAAGACAAUGGAGCAAAUCACGGCCGCUAUUCAGGUUUCGGAGCCUGUGCUCCUUGUUGGAGAAACCGGCAUUGGCAAAACGGCUGUGAUUCAGCAAUUAGCAAGCCUCAAAUGCCAGAAGCUUACCGUGGUCAACCUUUCUCAACAGAGCGAGAGCACAGAUCUAUUGGGCGGAUUCCGGCCUGUUAACCUUCGUUCAAUGGCUAUUCCAUUGCUGGACGAAUUCAACCAACUAUUUGAGCAGACCUUCUCUGCUAAAAAGAACCAGAAGUUUCUAUCUUCAGUUACAAAGAAUUUAACUAGUGGAAACUGGCCGCGUCUGGUGAAUCUCUGGCACGAAGCUGUUCGUAUGGCCGAUAGUGUCUUUCGUUCUCCCAAAGAAGGGACAGCAGCUGAACAGAGAACCGAAGAGCAACCAUCCAAAAAGCGCAAACUGGACUCUCCUAAGUAUGCUGCUUUGCGGGAGAAGUGGGAACUUUUCAAAGCUCAACUAACCGAUUUUGAGGCUCAAGCAAGCAAAGGUGACUCGAAAUUCGCGUUUGCUUUCGUUCAAGGAAAGAUUGUCCGAGCUCUACGAAACGGCGAGUGGGUUUUGUUGGACGAGAUCAACCUGGCAACCCCAGAUAUUUUAGAGAAUAUUGCGAGUUUGUUGCACCAUGGCGAUGAAGGACUGCCCUCGGUUCUUCUGUCUGAAGCUGGUGACGUGGAGCGUGUAUAUGGUCACCCCGAUUUUCGAAUAUUUGGAGCCAUGAAUCCUGCUACUGAUGCAGGAAAGAGGGAUUUGGCUCCAGGACUACGUUCGAGGUUUACGGAGAUUUACGUUCACUCCCCAGAUGCCGACUUUGAUGACCUGCUUGGAUUGAUACAGACCUACCUGGGCAAUCUAACUCAAAGCGACCCCCGGCUUGCCUCGGAUAUUGCCAGUCUUUAUCUCGCCACAAAGAAAUUGACGGCUGAAAAUAAACUGACUGAUGGCGCGGGUCAGAGACCCCAUUUCAGCAUUCGUACACUAGUACGAUCACUAAUUUAUAUCGUGGAUCAUGUACACAUUUAUGGUCUUCGACGAGCAGCUUACGAAGGGUUCUGCAUGAGUUUCCUGACACUUCUCAGCCAAGAAUCAGAGAAACUCGUUGUGCCUUUAAUCGAAAAGCAUAUUUUCGGCUCUGCGAAGCAUGCGAAAUCAUUGCUUGGCCAAGUCCCUAAGCCCCCCAACGACGGCAAUGAGUAUGUGCAAUUCAAACAUUAUUGGAUGAAAAAGGGUCCUCUCACAGCGGAAAAGCAGCCGCACUAUAUUUUCACGCCAUUCAUUGAGAAAAACUUGAAGAACUUGCUUCGUGCUAGUUCUACGCGUCGAUCUCCUAUUCUUCUUCAAGGUCCUACAUCAUCUGGCAAAACUAGCAUGGUCGAAUAUCUUGCUAAAGUUUCGGGCAACAAAUUCGUCCGCAUAAACAAUCAUGAGCAUACUGAUUUGCAGGAAUAUCUUGGAUCGUAUGUUUCCACAGACGGCGGGACUCUGAAAUAUCAAGAGGGUGUCCUCGUGGAAGCUCUUAGGAAUGGCUACUGGAUUGUUCUUGAUGAGCUUAACCUGGCACCUUCAGAUGUUUUGGAAGCACUCAAUCGACUUUUGGAUGACAAUCGAGAGCUGUUUCUGCCAGAGACACAAGAAGUCAUUCAGCCGCACCCGAACUUCAUGCUCUUUGCUACUCAAAAUCCUGCUGGACUGUAUGGUGGACGAAAAGUUCUCUCCAGAGCGUUCAGGAAUCGAUUUCUUGAAUUGCAUUUCGAUGAUAUUCCAGAGGAUGAGUUGGAAUAUAUUCUGAAAGAACGGACGCAAAUAGCCCCGUCUUUUUGUGCGAGAAUCGUAUCUGUGUACAAAAAGCUCUCAGUGUUAAGACAAUCUACUCGCCUAUUCGAACAGAAGAAUAGUUUCGCCACACUCCGUGACCUCUUUAGGUGGGCGCUUCGUCAGGCGGACGAUCGUGAAACUUUAGCUAUCAACGGUUUCAUGCUUCUUGCCGAGAGAGUACGAAAUUCUUCCGAACGAGCUGCCGUUAAGAAAGUCAUAGAAGAUGUCAUGAAGGUGCAGAUCAACGAAGAUGACGUUUACGGACAUGCUGAACUAGAGAGAAAAGCGCAAGGGAAAGCUUCUCUGUCAAAAGGUGUUGUUUGGACAAAAGCUAUGCGAAGAGUGUUUGUUCUCGUCUCUGAAGCUCUUCGAAACAACGAACCUGUCCUCCUGGUUGGAGAAACCGGCUGUGGCAAAACGCAAAUCUGUCAGGCAGUAGCUGAAAUUUACGGCAAAGAUAUCUUCAUCGUCAAUGCCCAUGUCAAUCUUGAGACGGGGGAUCUUGUUGGUGCACAACGGCCACUGCGAAAUCGCUCUGCCAUAGAGCGACAAUUGCAUGAUGACCUCGAGAGCCUUUUACAGACGGUCUCGGAUGUUGGAGCCCAAGGGUCGUCAAGGAGCUUGGAGGAACUGAAAGUAGCCUUUUCAGGACUGACCUCUGAAACGCUGCAGACAAUACCUUCUGAGUUAUUGGAUCGCAUAAAGACAAAUAUCACAAGAUCUCAAGCUCUCUUUGAGUGGUCCGAUGGAAGCCUUAUUACUGCUAUGAAGACUGGCCAAUAUUUUCUUCUUGACGAAGUCUCUCUUGCUGAUGAUUCCGUCCUCGAGAGACUCAACAGUGUCCUCGAACCCCAUAGGUCGCUUCUACUCGCCGAAAAAGGACCAAUUGACUCUUUGGUUGUGGCUCAAGACGGGUAUCAGUUUCUAUCGACUAUGAACCCUGGCGGGGACUACGGCAAAAGAGAGUUAUCUGCAGCGCUCAGAAAUCGUAUGACCGAAAUUUGGGUACCUCAGCUAUCAGAGGAAGAAGACAUACUGCCAAUUUUGAAGAAUAAGUUGCUAUUCCUGAAUGAGACUAAAGCUAAGUCAAUGCUCAAGUUUGCGAAAUGGUUCAAAGAAACGUUUCAGGGGUCGUCCAAUUCUGCUUUAUCCAUACGUGACCUUCUUGGGUGGGUGGAAUUCAUCAACAAAUGUGCGCCAUCUGACCCAGAUUUUGCAAUUGUUCAGGGAGCUGCCAUGGUCUAUAUUGAUACCUUGGGUGCUAACCCUUCUGCGAUGUUGUCUACUUCAAUGGACAGUGUUGCUCAGAAUCGGCGACUGUGCCUUGAGAAACUAGCGGAGUUACUCGGAAUUAAUGCUUUGGAGAUCUAUAAUGAAAAGUCCACUGUACUGAUUCAAGACGGAAAUCUACAUGUGGGACCUUUCAAACUUCCGGUUUCUUCGAAUUCAUCUCCAGAUCCUCAUUUCGUUAUGGAUGCACCGACAACCAUUGCCAACUCUGUGCGAAUAGCCCGUGGUCUACAGACGUCCAAGCCUAUACUUCUUGAAGGCAGUCCUGGUGUUGGAAAGACGACUCUAGUCGCAUCCCUCGCUCGUGCUCUUGGAAAGCCUCUCACUCGAAUCAACCUUUCAGAGCAAACAGAUUUAACCGACCUUUUCGGCUCAGAUGUCCCGGUUGAGGGUGGUGAUGUCGGCCAGUUCGCGUGGCGAGAUGCGCCAUUUCUGCAAGCCAUGCAACGCGGAGAUUGGGUGCUACUAGAUGAAAUGAACCUUGCUUCCCAGUCGGUGCUGGAAGGUCUUAAUUCCUGUCUUGAUCAUCGCCAGCAGGUAUAUGUAGCCGAACUGGAUCAAACAUUCAGAAGACAUCCAGACUUCGUUCUGUUCGCUGCCCAAAAUCCACAUCAUCAAGGUGGUGGCAGGAAAGGUCUUCCGGCAUCAUUUGUGAACCGUUUCACUGUUGUCUAUGCUGAUUCCUUCAGUGAUGCGGAUUUAAAUAGCAUCUGUUCAAAAUUGUUCCCGAAAACCCCUCUCGAACAAACAUCGAAAGUUGUGGAUUUCAUAUCGAGGAUGAACUGGGCCAUUGACCAUGACCGAGAAUUCGCAAAUACUGGGGGACCAUGGGAGUUAAAUCUUCGAGAUAUCAUACGAUGGUUCCAGCUUGCUGAUCGAGGGGAUGUGCAGAUUCCUAGUGGCUACUUCCUUGAAAACAUCAUCAGCCAAAGAUUUCGCACUCAGAAGGAUCGCUCCUUGAUAUCUGAAAUCUUCAAGCAUUCAUUCGGAAGCCCUUCGCCCGACAAGUCUUACUAUCAUAACCUAACGACGGAGACUUUUCAAGUCGGGCUUGCUGAAAUGCCAAGGAGGAAGAUAGAACAGAGCAUCGUCGAGUCGAAUAUUAAAAUUCUUCCAUCUCACCUUCCUAUACUUGAGUCCCUCAUAAUCUGUAUAGAGCGAGGGUGGCCGAGUAUCCUAGUGGGACCUUCAGGUUGUGGCAAAACAGCCACAAUUCGCACUCUUGCAUCUAUACAAGGUGCCGAACUUGUGGAACUAGCGUUAAGUGCUGAUACAGAUACAAUGGACUUAAUCGGCGGCUUCGAACAAAUCGACUACCGCAGGCAAACACAGUCUCUAGCUCGAGAUGUAGUGGUAUUUCUGCAUCGCAAGAUCAUAAGUGCUGUCACGCCCGAGACAGCUUCAAACUCAGUUAUUCGUCUUCUGGAAAUGUACAGAAUAUGCAAGAACCCCGAAAUCACUAUUCAGACGCUCUUUGAGGUCAUCAGCAACCUGCAGCCGGAUUAUGAUGACCCAACCUUUGCCGACAUCAGUCGCCGGUGUACUACAUUGGCGCGAACUUCUAUGGAUGCCAACAAAGUUGGCUUUGAGUGGACAGAAGGCGCACUGACUGAAGCCAUACAGCAUGGCUAUUGGGUUGUGCUGGAUAAUGCAAAUCUUUGCAACGCCUCGGUUCUGGACCGGUUGAACUCCUUGAUGGAGCCAAAUGGUUAUUUGGUAUUAAACGAGCAACGUACGGAGGAUGGCUCUGCUCGAGUGAUUAUGCCACAUCCGAACUUCAGACUUUUCCUUACCAUGGACCCUAAAAAUGGGGAAUUGUCUCGAGCCAUGCGCAACAGAUCAGUUGAGGUCUGUUUUCUAUCGGAGCUACCACCCCUUGCAUCUUCUGAUUAUCUACCGUCCUUUAUUCUGGAGUCGGCUCUAUACCGUUUGCGCUACGUUUGGAACUUCAAUUCUGAGCUAAGUACGUCAGUACUUGCGCAGCAGUCGUUUGGCAUUCAUUUAGAUCACGUCGCAAUGUCGGACUUUGCCAGUUUCUACCAGUCGCUCCGGCAAGUAGCUGCAUCUUUUCUUAAUGGUCAAACUUCAACUUCGCUCUUUGAAGUUCUUGAACGUUAUGCCAAGCUCGUACAAGACGGUUUUCAAUGGAGUCCUAUUUCUUCAAUGGUUAAGAACGAUCAGCAGGGUAUUGACAUUAUCCACCCUCUGAUCAAUGAACCGCACUUGACCUGGCAUCCGACGUAUACUGAUCGAAUUAUCCUUGUUGCUCAUCUACAAGAUAUUAAGAAAGAUCUGCACCGACUUCAACAGCGUCUGGUCCAUUCACAUAAAAAUUCUCAGCUUCUUAAGCCCUCUCAGAUGACAAGGCUGGAACGAUCUUUUGCUUCAACGAGAAUAUCAAGUCUGAUGAAAGAUGACACCCAGGCAGUAAGCUCGUUCUUGACAGACUUUGUUCAGGCUUCUUACGAGUUUAUCCAAGCCUUGGACGGCAACUCACAUAUUUCGGAGGAUUCCGUGGCGACUCUCAGAAAUUUCACUAGGUUCUGCUGGGAUAUAUUCACCAUCACUCAGGUCACAGAGCUCGACGAAGGUGUGUUUCAGAUCUACCUUCAAAUAGGCCAGCAGAUUCUGUCACGUGCCGUCGACAGUCAAUCCGCGCUCUGUGCACUGCUUUCUUCUUUCUCUCAGCUUUUAAGUCGAUUCAGGUCAACAUGGGCAUUGAAAACAGGGCUGAGCAUGCGAAAAAUCUGGGAUGCUUGGAGACCUGCCACCUGCGCUGACAUUGAAAAGCUGGAGUCGCUUCUUGAUUUAGAAGAAGUAGUUGGAAGAUUCAACAAGAUUGCUCUGCAGACGCGGCUGAAAAUCUCUCAGCUUGGGUUGGUACGAAAAUCUUUAAUCGACGCACAAACUGCUAUGCUACUAAACAACGCCGAUGGUAAACUUCUUGUCCAAGGAUUGAAGCAACAAGUCACAGAGCUGGUUUCGGCAACUGAAUUAUAUUCAUCAUCACAGCCUCCACAUUUCUUGCAAGUCUUCGAGAGCAUUUGCGAGUAUCAUGAUCUGCCAACCCUAUGGAACGAGAGCCAGAUACACCAGCACGCUCAUCUGAAUGAAACCCUGCCCCUUCUUGCCGGAAGACCAGCGGACUCCAUACUGGCGUUUGACCAAAAGUCGCCCAUUCCCGCCAUCCUGCACAAGCUGGCACUCUAUAAUUGCUCCGAAGGAACCCCAAGUACUAUGUCACCUUGGACUUUGACGUUUUCUACUGGUCUAUUAGAGCACGUGGAGCGUGUCAAUGAAGUAUGCCUUGGAAGACUUGAAUUCUUCCAAACCGAGCUGCAUACCUUAAUUGAAGCCGUGACUUACAGCUCCCGCGAGAUAUCGCUCGUCCAGAGUGUACUGCUAACACGGGUAUUUGCCAGUGUAGCAUUAGAGAUUCUAAGGCUUCAUCAGGAUUUUCUAAAUGAUGCCAGUCUUGGAAAUGUGAUUAACGUCUUGCGUUCCAUAGAAAGAUCUGGUAUAUCUGGAGGAUCAGUCCCACCUCUUCAACCAGCAAUCGACCUGCCACCUGAUCACUUUUUCAGACACUUUAUCAACGACCUUUCCCACUGCAUCCAGACCCUUGCAACUGUCGGGGAAGGCUCUUCUAGUGAUAUAUACAAACUAGGCCGUGUUUGCAUCCAGCUUUCCGUGAUUUGUCUUCGCCUCUUUGUCCCAGAUAAACCAUAUGACCCUUCAUUAGGCUUGGUCAUUGAGAGGCGUCGUCAUACCGACCAGGUCCUACAACUUACUAUUGAGGACGAAGCUCUGCUGGCCUUUGAAAACGAGUUUUCUGCUAGAACUUAUAACAUGCGCCGUCUUUUGAUCGAAAAAGAGUUGCAAAAGCUAGGAUCAACACCGCCUGCUUCUCCUGUCAGUCGCUCACAAAAGUCACAACUUGCCGAGUUGCAUGGGGAGUUCUUGAACCUGCACAACUCAGUUCUGAGCAGAAACCCUGAAACCUAUGAAGUUGCCGAAUUCGAGCAAUAUGGGCGUCUUCUGAGAGAAAAUAUUCGUCUAAUUUGUGCUCGCCUUCGCUCCAACUUCAGAGCUUACGACGACAUCACAAUCUUGGUUACUCGAUUUCUGACGAUGCUUGAUUUAGGUGCUUCGCUUUGCUUAGACGGAGCGAACAAAACCAAAUCGAAAUCUUCGCAAGCAUCAAUCGUUACUCAGACUACUCCUCUGAUUGGUGGUAGCAAUUAUGCCGUAACAGAAACCCCGGUUCAUACAGGUGGUUCGUCAAGGAGUCACAUUCAGGUGCAAAUGCACCGGCUCUCGUCAUUAGUCCUCCAACACCGUACGGAUCCAUCCAGGCUGGCCUCAGCGAGCGGUCUUCAAGAGCUCAAAAUUAUCCUUGGCUCUCUGCAUCACAUAUGGAAGACGCAACUCACUCAAGACCAAAAGGAAGAAGCACAGAAGUCUCAAAUGUACCGCUACAAAGGAUCAUAUGAGGAUAACGAAGAGAUUGAAGAAUCAGAAUUACGUGAACUGUUCCCUGUUUUUGAAGGCAAUGAACAGGAUAUAUCGGAAAAACCUCGAAUGGACAUAAAUUCUAUUUCUCUCAAACUCACACAACUCCAUGCUUCGAUAUUUGAAUCUGGAGAUGUUGAGACAAGUAUGAGACAUUUCAUUGCUGAAUCCACACGUCUGCUUGGAUCCUUAAGCAGCAAUGGGGACCAGCCAUCUGCAGCACCGAAGUUAUACUUGCCUGGUAUACUUCUGGUCUUAAAGGAUGAGCUUAAGUCUUACGAAAAUGUUUCUCCGAGAUAUUACAAUUUCUACUCGGAUGCAAAUAUUGCGGAGGCAAAACGCCUCGUUUCGCUUGUUCUCUCCACCCGGACUCGUUUCCUUCAACUCCAAGCAGCAUGGCCUGAACAUGCGGCUAUUCAUGAUGUUCUAAUUUGUUGCCAAGAGGUCCUACAAUUCAAGCAUCUAGAACCUGUUGCCAAAUACAUCACGAAGGUGGAAAAAUUACACAGCCUCGUUUACGAGUGGCAAUCGGUAGCCAGCAGAGAGUAUUCGGUUGUUUCAAUUUACGAUGAUAUUACGGCUUUGAUCAUUAGCUGGAGGCGCUUGGAGCUGUCAACAUGGGCUAAGCUUCUUGAUUUGGAAUAUGAAAAGAGCGAGAAUGCAGUCAGCACUUGGUGGUUUGUGGCAUAUGAAGCAUUUAUUGCACUUCCCUUGCAAAAAGCGGAGAACGACGAAGAUCUCAAGGGCUACGCCGCUGAGGCAUUGGAUACUCUUACGGGUUUCCUCAGGUCUACAACUCUCGGUCAAUAUAGUGCCCGAUUGCGGUUGGUGGAACUUUUCAAGUCACUAUUGUUGCUAUUUGCAAACCACUACCCGGCAUUAUACUGCACUGUUACUGCUCUGGAGAACUUCCUACAACAUUUCAAGCCAUUUGAGCCUGUGAUAUCAAAGACCUUGGAAGAUGGGAGGAAAUCAUUUGAAAAGGACAUCAAAGAACAAAUUCAACUUGCCAGCUGGAAAGAUACGAACAUCACAGCUCUACGUGAAAGUGCUCGGCGGUCGCACUAUAAGCUUUUCAAAUAUGUGCGGAAGUACAGGGAGUUGCUCGCCCGGCCCACUGAUUCGUUGCUGCAACAAGGCAUGCCUGAACUUCAAGAGCAGUCAGGAGGUUCAAACUACGCUGAACAGCUAUCAAAUGUUCCGUGGGAUUCAUCCGAGGCGCUAGCUGUUUGUCAAAGACUCGACUCUAUCUGGACAAACAGAGCACCCAGAUUCAAGGAUCCAUCAACUACUGCUACCAAUAUGUUGCGUGUUUACAACUCUGCGCUAUCUGAACUUGACGUCCCAAUGCAGUUGAAUAGUUUUGUCACGGAUGUUAUUGAGAGUAUCAAGACUUUCAAAACCGAGACUCCGAAGACCCUGACGGAAGAAAACAAGGACCAAGUUCAGCACCUCAAGACCCAAAAACGUCGAUUUUAUGCCGAGACACUUCGCCAAUUACAUUUUAUGGGCAUAAGACGAAACGUAAGCACUGUGUUCAUUGAAGAGCAAACUACAACCAAUCAGGUUCUUGCUGCUACACCAAGCCUAAUCUUCAAGGAUGGUUCGGUUGCUGCAUUGGCAAAAAGUGCGGACUCUUACUUCCAGAGGUUUCUCGAUGUGCUUCCUCAUGUUAGGAAGUUCUCUCGCGAGUACAACGAGGAUCUCCACCCUACUGAAAUAACAAGGAGCGUUGGGUCUGCAGAGGGUCUUUUGGUGCUGAUCAGAAAGCAGAGAGACACUCUCGCCCCUGCAAUCAGGCAGCUAGUUGACCUCAGGACCACCUUUGAGAAAAUGAAAGUUCUCUGGACUCAUGGUCCCCAGUACCUGCAGCAAGACAGUCAAUACUGCAAAGAUGGAAGAGAAGGUGCUUUUAGGCGCGUCUCUUGGUUGAUACCGCUUCUUGGCGUUGGAAAGGAGAUUGUGGAUAUUCAUUCCAUUUACUCAGGCUCACCAAGCGUUACUGACACCUUUGAACGUUGGAAUGAGACAUUUGGACGCCUGAAGAGCGAUAUUGGGCGCCUUCCAGACCUGCCAUUAGGAAUAACAUCUCAAGUUGCAGCCGAUACGGAGCGCGAAGUCAUGAAUUCUUUCAAGCGUUUCAAUGACGAGCUGGCAACCCUGAUCGAGCAGCGACCAGAUCUGACCUUUGUACUCGAACAGGUUAAUUCCUGGUUGGAAAUUACUGUUCCUGACAGUGACCUGAUCACCGGUUCUAUUAUAUCCAUCGAUCAUUUGAAUGAGCAGUAUCUUUCUGCAGUGGACAUGAUUUUAGUCGGACUACAAGAGCUAAAAGGUUCUUUGGUAUCCCUGCCACCUGAUAUGGAUGACAAAGAUUGGCUUUCUCGGACAGACUCAUCCUUGUCAAAGGCUCUGAGGGAUUUGCACAUCGCAGAUAUAUCAGUAUCCCUAAACAAAGUUCUCGACAAGCUACAGUUCCUACAGGACCCAGGAUCUAGCUUGCCCCUAGCCAGUGCAAUUAUAGCUGGACUACUUCCAGUAACGGAGCAAUACCACAAUAUCUGUGAGGACGUCACCAGCCGUUAUCUUAAGGUUCACCGAGAAGUCUGCAAGAUGUCAUACGUGCUCUCAAAAUCCUUUACACAGAUCGCUUCGGAGGGGUUCUGCAGUCCACACGAAGCAUCUACCGAGGAGAGUGGAGCGGGCAAGGUCGAAAGUGGAACAGGUUUAGGCGAAGGCGAAGGUGCUGAGGAUAUCAGUAAAGAUAUCCAGGACGAUGAAGACCUGUCAGAGCUUGCACAAGAAAAGAACCAAGAAAAAUCUUCUAAAGAUGAGAUGGAGGAGUCUGAAGAUGCCGUGAACAUGGAUCAAGAAGACCUUGAGGGCGAAUUUGACGAUGAUCAGAAAGAAGGGGAAGAAAGUGAAAACGAGAAUGGCUCGGAUAAAGAAGAGGACGAGGAGGAUAUGAUUGACGAGGAAGUUGGCAGCGUUAAUGAUCUUGAUCCCAAUGCUGUCGAUGAGAAACUGUGGGAUGGUUCUCAUGAUGAACAACAGAAAGAAACCGAAAAUGAAGAAGGCAAGGGGCAAUCUGAGAGUGAUGAACAAGCGGCAAACAAUGAUAAGAAACAGCAAGAGUUGAAAGAACCAGAAAAGGAAGGUGACAAAGAGCAAAUGGAGGGGGAGGAGGAAGAAGAAGAAGAAGAGGAAGAAGCUCCUGAAGACGAAGGAGAAACAGGGGGUAGGGAGGAGCUUGAUGUUACCGAUCCACAUGCUAAGGAGGAACAAACUCUUGACCUCCCAGAGGAGAUGCAGCUUGACGGAGAGGAGAACGAUGAUGCUGAGCCGGAAAUGAGUGAUGAUGGCAUGGACGAGCUGUCUGACUAUGAGCCAGCCUCUAAUGAAGAUAAAGUCGAGGAAAAAGCUGAACCUGAAGCUGAAGACGAUCUUGAACGGGACACUUCUCAAGAUCCUGGUGAUAUUGAUAUGGAAGAGAAUGAUCAGGAUGAGACUGAGGAGCCCGGAGAGCCAGACGACAAGGAAACGACAGAUAUUGCUGGUGAAGAUGAGACUGCAGAAGAGGAACCGGAACAGAAGGACACCAAGAUCCCUGAGAAGGAUGACAAUACUGCAACUGGAGAGAACGCUGACGAGAGUGAUGAAAUUACCGGUGGUCUUGGUGUGGAUACAGACACCAAAGAAGAGAAGGGUUCAUCAGGAAAUGCACAGCAAGAAGGUGGUGCUGAACAAUCUGGCCAAGAAGAACCACCCAAUGGCGCUGCAGAAGAAGGAGAGGACCAAAAGAAAACAGCGUCUAGUUCGGGAGGUACAGGUGAAGAUUCGCAAAAUGAUCCUCAAUCCGAGGCCUUCAAAAAGCUCGGUAAUGUUCUCGAGGAAUGGCAUCGUCGACAGCAAGAGAUCAUGAAUUCCUCGAGGGACAAAGAGGAUCAAACACUACCUCCAGAUACUGAUAUGGCUGAUGCAAAUUUCGAGCAUCUGGCGGAUGAAGAGGAUGUUGCCGAUACGCAAGCAUUAGGUCAGGCUAGCGAAGAACAAGCAGAGGCAUUAGAUCAAAAGAAGGGUGUCGAAACUGAGCGUCCAAAUGCUACCGAUGAUAUCCUGCCUGAUGUCACUGACGACGACAAAGACAUCGAGCCCGAUGAAAACUUGCUUGACGCGACGGCAAUGGACCUUGAUGUAGCAGACUCCAAUGCCCCCGAUGGCGCCCAUGCAGCCAAGAGCACUUUAGUUGGCGAAACCUCGAACGAACGAAACGGCGAGCCACCAAUGACUGAAGAGUUGGACGAGGUUGAUACACAUCUAGCCGCCAUCCACCUUUCCUCAGCCAGUGCACCAAAGACUUCAAUAGAGGAAGCUAGAAGAUUGUGGGCUCACUACGAAGCUGUUACUAACGAUCUCUCUCUUUCUCUUACAGAGCAACUCCGGCUCAUUCUCGCUCCUACGCUCGCCACAAAACUUCGCGGUGACUUCAGAACAGGCAAGCGCCUCAACAUCAAAAAGAUCAUUCCUUAUAUUGCCUCCCAAUACAAGCGUGACAAGAUCUGGAUGCGUCGAUCAAUUCCAAGCAAACGCAACUAUCAAAUUAUGCUGGCUGUUGAUGACAGUAAAUCUAUGCUUGAAAGUGGCAGUGGUCAGCUCGCGUUCGAGACGCUUGCCCUCGUGGCUCGAAGUCUGAGCAUGCUGGAAGCAGGCGACUUAUGUAUCGUUGGCUUUGGGGACGAAGAGCAUGUCCGGGUCGCGCAUGAGUUUGGCAAACCGUUCUCAUCAGAGGCAGGCACGCAAGUUUUCCAGCAAUUCAGCUACCAGCAGACCGGCACAAAUGUUCGUAAGCUUGUUGCAGAUUCCAUUGCUCUCUUUCGUGAGGCGCGCGCAAGGCGUUCUGGUGGAGGUGGCAGCAAUUCGGCUGAUCUUUGGCAACUUGAACUCAUCAUCUCUGAUGGUAUCUGUGAAGAUCACGAGACGAUUCGCCGCCUGGUUCGACAAGCACAAGAGGAACGUAUCAUGGUUGUAUUCAUUAUAGUUGAUGCUACGGCUGGAAGCUCGAUAUUGGACUUGACUCAAGCAAGCUUCGAGCCUGAUGACUCUGCGAUGGGUACGGGAGAGAUGAAACUGAAGAUGAAGAAAUAUUUGGAAGGAUUUCCAUUCUCUUAUUACCUGGUUGUAAGGAAUGUACGUGAAUUGCCAGCUGUCCUGGCAAUGGCUUUGAAGCAAUGGUUUGCAGAGGUGGUUGAUACAUCUUCAUGA